AUGGCGAAACUGCUUGUACAAGAGCUGGGAGGGGGAGGUGUGAUUGGAGCUCAAGUGUCAACAUCCGGCCUGGUGACCCGGGACAACCCGGAACAGCUCAUCAUCGCUCUGGAACCUGAGGCGGCCUCCAUCUACUGCCGCAAGCUCCGUCUCCAUCAGAUGGUGGACCUGGACGGACACACCACCCAGAACGGAUUCAGUCCAACGGAGAACGUAGGCAGUGGGAUGAGUCAAGUGUCUCCAGCUAAAGAACAUGUCCGACGCAACAGGCAGAGCCGCACCUUUUUGGUGGAAAAUGUCAUAGGAGAGCUUUGGUCGGAGCUGGAAGAAGGUGACCGUUACGUGGUGGUGGACUGUGGAGGAGGAACCGUAGACCUGACUGUGCAUCAGAUCCGACUCCCAGAAGGACACCUGAAAGAACUGUACAAAGCCUCUGGGGGUCCAUACGGCUCCAUCGGGAUCGACUAUGAAUUUGAGAAGCUGCUGUGUAAGAUCUUCGGUCAGGAUUUUAUCGACCAGUUCAAGGUCAAGCGUCCGGCGGCCUGGGUCGACCUGAUGAUUGCCUUCGAGUCCAGGAAGAGGGCGGCGGCCCCCGACAGGACCAACCCCCUGAACAUCAACCUGCCCUUCUCCUUCAUAGACUACUACAAGAAGUUCAGAGGACACAGUGUGGAGCACGCCCUGCGCAAGAGCAAUGUGGAUUUUGUGAAAUGGUCGUCUCAGGGGAUGCUGAGGAUGAGUCCAGAUGCAAUGAACUCCCUUUUCAAGCCCACCAUCGACCACAUCAUCCAACACCUGACUGAGCUGUUUGAGAAGCCGGAGGUCAGCGACAUUAAGUUCCUGUUCCUGGUCGGAGGUUUCGCUGAGUCGGCGCUUCUUCAACACGCCGUCCAGAAGAUGCUCCAGGGCCGCAGCCGCAUCAUCAUCCCCCACGACGUGGGCCUGACCAUCCUCAAAGGCGCCGUCCUGUUCGGCCUGGACCCCAGCGUCAUCAAGGUGCGCCGCUCGCCGCUCACGUACGGCGUGGGCGUCCUCAACCGCUUCGUGGAGGGGAAGCACCCGCCGGAGAAGCUGCUGGUGAAGGACGGCACGCGCUGGUGCACUGACGUCUUCGACACCUUCAUCGCUGCCGACCAGUCGGUGGCGCUGGGCGAGAUGGUGAAACGGAGCUACACGCCGGCCAAGCCUUCGCAGCAGGUCAUCGUCAUCCACGUCUACUGCUCCGAGAGGGAGAGCGUGGGCUUCAUCAGUGAGUCGGGCGUCAAGAAGUGCGGGACGCUUCGGUUGGACGUUAGUGGGACGGAAAGCGCGGCGGCGAGGCGCGAGAUCCAGACGCUCAUGCAGUUCGGCGACACGGAGAUCCGAGCCAUGGCGGUGGACGUGUCGACGGGGCGCACCGUUAAAGCCAGCAUCGACUUCUUAAGCCAUUAAAGAGGAGGAGACAGAUGUUAGAUGUAGAGGAGAGAAAGAGUACCGCUAACAAUCAGACACAGAGAGCAGAAAAAGAAAACAGCAAAACUAUCA